GUUUAUCGUGGACAUAAAAUGGAAUAUGACAGACUACAAACAGAAGUGGAAGAUGGAGAGAAGGAGAUUGAGGACUGUCAAGAUAAAAUACCACAAUUAGAAAAACAAUAUAAAUUCUACCAGGAAAUACGAGGGUAUGUUCGUGACUUGGUCGAAUGUCUCAAUGAAAAGGUUCCAGUAAUUAACGACUUUGAGAACAGAAUGAAGACAAUGUUACGCCAGCAAGCUGACCUACUUAUUCAGAGACGCCAACAAGAUGUUCGUGAUCAGUGUCAAGAUUAUAUGACAAAUAAAAAACAUCAGGUUGUCAUGGAAACACAGGAAGAAUAUUCUCGACAAAGGAGAGUAGCAGAGAGAGAGGCUAGAAGAUCUCGAAGAAGAAGGAAACGUGAAAAUAAGAAUUUAUCAGGACACCAUGAUGGAUUAUCAUCCGAUGAUGAGGAAAACCAAUUUGAUAUUUCACGAUUUAAUCUGGAGAGAGAUGAUGUAUUAGCUGGAAGUAAGAGACUAUUUGAAGAUGUGGUAGAAGAAUUCAGUGAGUUAGAUUACGCUAAGAAACAGUUUGAAAGAUGGAAGAAACUAUAUGGUGAUACAUAUCAAGAAGCCUAUAUCGGUCUUUGUCUACCUAAAUUAUUAAACCCCUUUAUUAGACUAUCUUUAUUAGAUUGGAACCCUUUGAAGGAAGUAUGUAAUGAUAUAGAAGAGUUUAGUUGGUAUAAUUCACUAGUAUUAUAUAGUUGUCAUAGUAACAAUGAUAUAGUACCAGAUCCAGACGAUGAUGAUAUAAGAUUGUUACCCGCUAUAGUUGAUAAAAUAGUUCUACCAAAAUUAUCAUAUAUAUGUGAGUAUAUAUGGGACCCCCUGUCAACUUCCCAGACAUCUCGGCUCGUUAACCUGAUACAGAAAUUAAUUAAAGAUUAUCCUACUGUCUCAGCUAAUAACAAAAAUACACAGAAUUUGUUAAAAUGUAUUGCUGAUAGAAUGAAGAAAUGUCUAGAUGAUGAUGUCUUUAUGCCUCUUUAUCCUAAAUCUGUAUUGGAGAACCGAUCUUCUGGACCAGCUGUUUUCUUUCACCGUCAACUCUGGACUUGUAUCAAGUUAUUGGGUAAUAUCUUGUCAUGGCAGGGUAUAUUAUCAUCACAUGUAUUACAACAGUUAUCACUAGAUGGUUUAUUAAAUAGAUAUAUAGUGCUUGGUUUAAAUACAUCUUGUUUAACCAAAGAAGCUCUUGAGAAAUGUCAAGCAAUUAUAUCAACAUUUCCUAAAGAAUGGUUCAACGAACUCAACGGAGAAUGUACUCUUCCCAAACUAGAGAAUCUAUGUCGGUAUCUCUUACAAACAGCAGAACACCUCCAUAAAGGCAGCAUCAUGGUCCGAGAUAGUGAACGUCUGGAAAUCAGAAACCACAUCAAACAGAUCAGUAAAAUGUUGAUAAUGAUCCAGGCCACCAACCAUGCUAUUUCCUUAUCUAAUACCUACAGUUUUAAAAUAACUCAAGUUUAAGAUAGCUGUGAAAAGAAAUAGUGCUGACAAUUGGACAAAUUUCUAAUAUUGGUUGAUUCUUAUAGCCCCACAUCACUUAAAAAUAAAUCUUUACCUUUGGAAACCAUC